AUGCAGUUUGGAGAGGCCGGGCUUCGUCUUCUUGAAGAUGCCAGGUCGAAUACACUUAAGCCAUACAGGCACCAAGAAGCAAGAACAUUGUGUGAUGAAAACAAGUUACUGUGCGAAAUGAUGGACGAUUUGAAAAGGAAGGCUGGAAAUGAAGUUUCAGAGGAGCUUUCAGUCAACUACAUCAUGCUGAAAUAUACGAAGGAACGUAAUGAGAGGAUUCUAAGGGCAUACUGGUUCCACAGGUCAUUGCAUUUAUUUCGUUGCUUUUUUUCUGGAGAAUGCAAUGCAGGAUUGUUGUCUUCUGAUGAGUUGGAAUACACAAGCAAAUAUAACAGCAUUCUUAAAGACUACCUGCUUGAUUUUUCGGUACUUGACUUCACAGAAUCAAUGCCCCCAAUAGACUUUUUUGUUAGCAUCAUCACAUUAGAAGACUGUGGAAUUGUAAUGGAUGCUGAUGAUGUUGUUGAACUUAAGAAGGACAGGAUAUACUUCAUCAGAAAAGGCACUGUGACUCAUCUGAUCAAGAAUGGGCUUGUGCGCAUGGUUUAG